GUAAAUUUUACAAAGCAUAGCCUUAAAAUCCACAAACACAUCGAGUCAUCGUUUCAUUUACAGGCUUCACUUUCCUUUUCUCCUUCUCCCUCCAUUUUCAGUCCUCAAGAGGAAGCUUCUGCUCUUUCCAUCUUCCAAAUCGGAGAUGCACGCCAAAACCGACUCCGAGGUGACGAGCCUCGCGGCGUCGUCACCGGCCAGAUCUCCACGCCGGCCAGUCUACUACGUCCAAUCGCCGUCACGCGACUCGCACGACGGAGAGAAAACGGCGACAUCGUUCCACUCAACUCCGGUACUGAGUCCGAUGGGAUCUCCGCCGCAUUCUCAAUCCUCCAUGGGCCGUCACUCACGAGAAUCCUCCUCCACCCGAUUCUCCGGUUCCCUGAAGCCUGGGUCUCGGAAAGUCAACCCUAACGAUGGCUCGAAGCGGAAAGGUCACGGCGGAGAGAAGCAGUGGAAAGAGUGUGCGGUGAUUGAGGAAGAAGGUCUGUUAGAUGACGGCGAGAGAGACGGUGGUGUUCCUCGCCGUUGCUAUGUCUUAGCCUUCAUCGUUGGAUUCUUCGUACUCUUUGGUUUCUUCUCUCUAAUUCUCUAUGGAGCUGCUAAACCUCAGAAACCAAAAAUCACAGUCAAGAGUAUAACAUUCGAGACACUCAAGAUCCAAGCAGGUCAAGAUGCUGGUGGAGUAGGAACCGAUAUGAUCACCAUGAACGCGACUCUGAGAAUGUUGUAUCGAAACACAGGAACUUUCUUUGGCGUUCAUGUAACUUCAACUCCCAUCGAUCUCAGCUUCUCUCAGAUGAAAAUCGGCUCUGGAUCCAUUAAGAAGUUUUAUCAGUCGAGGAAGAGCCAAAGAACGGUGUUGGUACAUGUGAUCGGAGAGAAGAUUCCGUUAUAUGGAAGUGGUUCGACUUUAAUCCCGCCGGCGCCUCCAGCUCCUCUUCCGAAACCUAAGAAGAAGAAAGGAGCUCCGGUCGUUAUUCCUCUGCCGCCGGCACCUCCUGCGCCCGUGCCAAUGAAGCUCAGGUUCGUCGUCCGGUCACGAGCUUACGUGUUGGGGAGGUUAGUGCAGCCUAAGUUUCUCAAGAAAAUCGAGUGUAACAUCAACUUCGAACACAAGAAUCUCAAUAAGCAUAUAGCCAUCACCAAGAACUGCACCGUAACUACUGUCUGAAGAGGAGUAAAAAACAAGGAAACACGUUUAGUGGAGCUAAAACGAUGUCGUAUAGGGUAAUUUGAUUUACAGCUCAACGGGCAGCAUUUUGAGUUGUCGGGGCAUCGCGUCGUGGGUGCCCGAAUUAGAGAAGCUUCGUCGGUGGCUUUAUUUACUUGAGUGGUUGGGUUUACUUGUCUGUGGAGAAUAUAUAUAAUUUUAUAUUGUAUCAUCGCACUGAGUCUGAACACGAGGAAUCGCAUUUUAUUUAUUUGUUUUUUUAAUCUUUUUUUAAUAAGUAUGUUAAUUUAUUUGUUUUGAUGAUUAAUAUCAACAAGGACGAUACACGAGGAAUCGCAAUCUGUUUACUCUAGUUUUUGUGUAUUUAAUAAGUCUUGCAUUUUAAUCAUUAAUUGGGAAUUAUGACAUUGUUUUGGGAUUACUUUGA